ACGUGUCGCGGUGGGCGAAAACGUGCCGCGUGUGCGGGAUUUUGGCACCUAAUCACUGCGGCAGAUGUAAAGUCGUCAAUUAUUGCUGCCGCGUGCAUCAAGUGUACGACUGGAAGAAUGGACACAAAAACGCGUGCGGCACCGAGGCGACGAACGGCAACGGUUUCCUGUUUCCCGAAUACGAGAUCGUGAUCGAGAGGGACGACACCGCGACGGAAAGGGUCGAGCGGAACGAUCCCAGCGGCGAGCAGACGGAAAUGGAGAAGUACAAUGCGAUGAUACAGGACGGCAAAGCUGGAACGUUUCAGAACGAAGACGUCAACGACGACUUGCUGCAGAUGGCUAAUGACGAGAAGGACGAGACAUUCGCAGAGUUUCGUACGAAAAUAGACAGUUAUCCAGAUCAGAUUCUGAGGUAUCACAAGUGUCAAUAACCAACAAUAAUUUGAUGUUUUUUUUCUCUGUACUUCCCUUUUUCCAUCUA